AUGGCACCUCCCCAACCAACAACCACAAAACCCGACGUAGAAGACGACCCCAUCGUCGCCACCUACAACGUCUUCAUCAAGCCUCCCCUCCCCCAAGACCGCAAGCUCGUCGUCCUCCGCUACGUCACCAAGACCGCCCAAGACCCGUCCUCCAUCAAGCCGCCACGGAUCAACGGCUUCCGCGUGAAGCCCGAAACAGGCAUCUACGAGGUCGACAUCCCUCUCGAGACGAGCGAUGGCUACAACAAGGACAAGGGUAUUGCGUGGGGUGUGGCGCUAGCCAAGUCGAUGGAGUCCAAGAAGGGCGGCAGUCUUGGUCUGGCCGGUGGUUUCAACAUUGGUGGACAAGGAGGAUCGGCACGUGGUGGUCCUGGAGCUGGUGGUGGUGCGGGUGGACGGCGUGGCGGUAAUUCUGGAGGAGGAGGAGACGAUGAUGAGGCGCAAAACCUGAGCUGGCCUGAGGCUGUGGCGCAAGGCAAGGCCGUUAUCGACCAGAAGUUGACGGGUAGUCGUAGUGCAGGCGAGGAUUACGUGAAGCACAUGGUUGGUGUGUUUCAAGGAAGUGAGUCCAGUUUAACUUCCCUCCUCUUCUCCAUUCCCAUUACCAGUUCAUCCUCACUAACACUCCACCUUUUCCUCCAACAGACAACCUCCAUCUGA